AUGAAUCUAUUUCCUUUAAGAAAUCUUUUUUCAAAUCCUAGUUCACCUCAAACUUUUGAACCAAAACUAUGUAAAAAGUUAUUUUUUAAUCCUCCAUAUACACCUGAGUUUGGUAAUUAAAUUAGAUAACCAAUAAAAUUAUAAGUAAGAGAGGGGAUUGGAAAUGAAUAAAAAAAAUAAUUAGCUUUGAAAAUUUAUCAAUAAUAAAAAUAAAAGAAUUAAUACGAUUAAAUUAAUUCACCUCAUACUCCUAAAAAAAUGAGAUUAAAUUAUCUUAAUCACCAGGAGAGAAAAUAAGCCAAAUCAAAUUAAUAAGAAAAAAGUAAUUAGAAAUUUGAAUAAGUAAUUUCAUGGGGAAUUAGGGGUUCCAAAAAGUAGAUAUUAAGAAUAAUAUAUAUAAGUGAAUUUUUUGGGUAGUGGUUAUCUUGGAUAAGUUUAUAUAUGUAAAAAUAGAUUUACAAAUUAAAUUUGUGCAAUAAAGUGUACAAAAAUAAAAAACAAUAAAUUAAAUAUUGAUUUA